AUGGCUAAAAGCCGCCCAGGUCAUGUGGUGACUCAAUUCCAAACGGCAAGACUAUUUCACCUGGCAAUUGUAACUGCAGGCACAAUGAAAACCGCGAUAAAUGAAUAUAUAUUUACAGGAUUCUAUCCUACGGAUCGAAAUGUUUUUACCAAUGUAGAUUUUGCACCAGCUGAAACUACAAAUAAUCCGGAAGUGCCCACCGCUCAGAUUCUAGGAGGACCAGAUCUACAUGUCGAUAAAGGUAGUACCAUCAACCUAACCUGCUCCAUAAGAUUUAGUCCUGAGCCACCAGCCUAUAUAUUUUGGUAUCAUCACGACAAUGUUAUCAGUUAUGAUUCCAGCCGUGGUGGAGUAACCGUAAUCACCGAAAAAGGAGAUGUGACUACAAGUUUCCUACUAAUCCAGAAUGCUGAUAUAUUGGAUUCUGGAAAAUAUUCCUGCAGUCCUUCAAAUGCUGACGUUGCAAGUAUACGAGUUUUUGUAUUAAAUGGUGAAAUGCCAGCUGCAAUGCAAACAGGUUCAGAUGGAUUGUCCAAUAGCUCAUUCAACAUCUUCGCCCUCAUAAUAGUUUCUUACUUAUACACAUCCUACUAUUUUAGCAACCUUGACCUAAACCAAGCGACGUGGAGGUAG